UUUAUGGCCUCGAUUGCUAUUUACCUUUUCAAUUAGGAUUCCACUGAGAGCUUCUGGAACUAGUUAGUACCAGGUCCUCACCAUCAUAACAAAUAAUGAAUUAGUAUUUUCCCUUUUCAGGGGCUGUUCCCCGAGCCUGGCUCUAACUGAAUAGGCCAGAACUUAGCGGUCGCAGGAUCUGACCCUCUGCGGCAGAACCGCGCAAUCGGCGCAGGUGAGGGAGCCGGCAGAGCCAGAAUCCUAUUCCAUCCUCUCCGCUGCUCCGCCGGCGCUUCGCGGCGCGUGCGGGCGGCAGUGCUCGGCCUCUAGGACUACUUUUGGCCCUCGGCAGCCGCCGUCCGCAGCGCCCAGCUGAGCCCACAGGCCCUCGGAGGAGACCUGCCGUGGCUGCGCCGCGCUGCCGUGACCCGGGCUCUCCGCGCAGGACGGACCAUGAAGCUAAAGGAGCUUGAACGGCCUGCUGUCCAAGUGUGGAGCCCAGCCAGCCAGUGCCCUGUGUAUCUCGCCACAGGUGCUGUGAUCAUAAUGACGUUCCUGUGACAUCUACCACCCCCAUGGCUGGCCGGCUACAGCCAUAGAGCAGAUCCAGUGGGCUAGUCACAUGGGAGAGACACAAGGUGGAGUGAUCCUUGGGUCCCUUCUCACUUACAGCUUGAGAGGGAAGAGAGGACAACAGUUGUUGGUGUAGGGAACCUGCUUCUAGUCAGGUUUUACAAGCUGAUCUGGGGGAGCUUUGGCAAUGGGCUUCUGGAAGCCUCCGGGGUUAUUGCAGGCGGAGGGAACAAUGGCAUGCUUACUCUGUACAAUGUGACCCACAUCCUGUCUUCGGGGAAGGAGCCUGUGAUUGCCCAGAGGCAGAAGCACACGGGGGCUGUCAGAGCCCUUGACUUUAAUCCUUUCCAGGGCCACCUCCUGGCCACAGGGGCCAGUGAUUCUGAAAUCUUCAUUUGGGAUUUGAAUAACCUAAAUGUGCCAAUGACCCCAGGAUCCAAGUCACAGUAUCGUGAGCAGCCUCCAGAAGACAUCAAAGCACUCGCUUGGAACCGGCAGGUUCAACACAUUCUGGCUUCUGCUCACCCCAGCGGCAAGGCAGUUGUGUGGGAUCUCAGAAAGAAUGAACCUAUCAUCAAAGUCAGCGAUCAUAGCAACAGGAUGCACAGCUCAGGCUUGGCCUGGCACCCAGAGAUAGCCACCCAAUUGGUGCUCUGCUCAGAAGAUGAUCAUCUUCCAGUGAUUCAGCUGUGGGAUUUGCGCUUUGCCUCCUCUCCCCUGAAGGUGCUGGAGAGCCACAGCAGGGGGAUCUUGUCAGUGUCGUGGAGCCAGGCUGACCCUGAGCUGCUGCUCAGUAGUGCCAAGGACAACCAGAUCUUGUGCUGGAACCUGGGGAGUGGUGAGGUAGUAUAUAAGCUACCCACACAGAGUAGCUGGUGCUUUGAUGUGCAGUGGUGCCCUCGGGACCCUCCAGUGUUCUCUGCUGCCUCCUUUGACGGCUGGAUCAGUUUGUACUCCGUGAUGGGUAGGAGCUGGGAAGUCCAGCAGAUCAGACAGGCUGACAAGAUCUCUUCUUCCUUCAGCAAAGGCCAGCCUCUCCCACCAUUGCAGGUGCCAGAGCAAGUGGCCCAAGCAUCAUUGAUACCUCCUCUAAAAAAACCCCCCAAAUGGAUGAGAAGGCCAGCAGGUGUUUCAUUUGCUUUUGGGGGAAAGCUGGUUACCUUUGGCCUCCCCAGCACCCCUGCCCAUCAGGUGCCACAGCUUUGCCUCCGCCUAGUCUUCGUCAGUCAAGUCACCACAGAAUCUGAAUUUCUGAGGCGGUCAGCUGAGCUGCAGGAGUCCCUGGGGUCAGGAAAUCUCCUGAAUUAUUGUCAGAACAAGAUCGAACUAACGUCACUACAAAGUGAAAAGAUGCUCUGGCAGUUCCUGAAGGUGACCUUAGAACAAGACUCCAGAGUGAAAUUUCUAAAACUAUUAGGAUACAGUAAAGAUGAACUUCAGAAGAAGGUGGCCACGUGGCUGAAGAGUGACUUGGGGCUGGGUGAGAGCCCUCAGUCCGAGGGAGAUGAUCACAGUAACAGACAGCAGGUCUUCUGCAGCCAGGCCUCAAAACACAUCACAGAGGAAGCUUCUGCCUCCUCAACCUUCUUUGAUGAGCUGGUCCCUCAGAGUAUGACUCCAUGGGAGAUCCCCAUCACAGAAGACACUGAUGGACUCCUGAGCCAGGCUCUCCUGCUUGGAGAACUGGGCCCUGCUGUGGAGCUGUGUCUAAAGGAAGAGCGCUUUGCUGAUGCCAUCAUCCUGGCCCAGGCUGGGGGUGCAGAUCUGCUAAAGCAAACACAGGAGUGCUACUGGGCCAAGAAGAAAAGCAGAAUCUCCUCGCUUCUAGCCUGUGUUGUACGGAAGAAUUGGAAGGAUAUGGUGUGUACCUGUAGCCUGCAGAACUGGAGAGAGGCACUGGCCUUGCUACUGACAUACUCAGGGCCAGAGAAAUUCCCUGAGCUCUGUGACAUGCUGGGUAUGCGCAUGGAACAGGAGGGUGGCAGAGCACUGACCUCUGAAGCCAGACUCUGUUAUGUGUGCUCAGGGAAUGUGGAGCAGCUGGUGGAGUGUUGGGCAAAAUGCCACCAGGCUUCAUCCCCCCUGGCUCUACAGGACCUGAUGGAGAAGGUGAUGGUCCUGAAUAGGAGCUUGGAGCUAUUGCGGGGUCCUGAUGGGGUGAGCUCAGGCCCUGCCACAACCUACAGGGUCACUCAGUAUGCCAACCUCCUGGCAUCCCAGGGCAGCCUGGCCACUGCCAUGAGCUACCUACCCAGGGACUGUACUCAGCCACCAAUUCAGCAGCUGAGAGAUCGGCUUUUUCAUGCCCAGGGGCCUGGUGUCAUGGGCCAACAGUGUCCUCCUUUUCCCUUCCCCCGGGUUGUUGUGGGGGCUACCCCCCACUCUAAAGAAGCAUCAUCUUACAGAUUGGGAUUCCAGUUUUCUCAGCAGGUUCCAACUCCAUCUCUAAGGCCAAGGAUUUUCACACCUCUAGUGACACCCUUGACACCUUCCCAUUCUAGCCCUUAUCAAAGCUCCAGAAUGCAUAAUAUAAGUGACUACGGGUCACCUGGGCCCCAGGCAGCCCAGCCUUUGCCCUUGGGCCCUGGGGUAAGGCCUGCUUUAUUUGAGCCACCACUGUUAAGAGAGCAAAAGGCACAAGUUCCUAACCCCACGGGGUUCCCUGGAACAUGGCCUCCUCCUGGUCCACCUCCACCCAUGGCACCCCCAGACACCAUACAGCCUGGCUCUGCCUCCCUGGCUGAGACUGCUCAACAGCUCCCUCUGCUUCCUGUGAGACUCCCAGGUCUCAGCCCUAUGAGCUUCCAGUCCCCAGCCCCUCCUGUCAGCUUCCCUGUGACACACCCUCCAGGAGGGCCUGGUGCUCCAUGCUCUAAUGCCCUCCCAACCACUGGCCUCUCGACUGUUCCCCCAGGACCUCAAGAUUCCUUGAAAAAUGCCCCAGUGCCCAGGACAAACCUUCAGAGGAAAAAGUUGCCAGAGACAUUUAUGCCCCCAGCACCGAUUACCACUCCAGUUAUGAGCCUCACCUCUGAGCCACGAGGGGUCCUUUACUCCCAGCCUUCUGUCCCUGGUGUGGGCCAUGCUCCCCCAGGAGCACCAGGAGAACUCAGCCUGCAGCAGCUUCAGCAGCGGCCACCUGAGAAGGUGGAAAGGAAGGAGCUGCCCCCAGAGCAUCGGUCCUUGAAGAUUAGCUUUGACAAGCUUCUACGACGCUGCUCCCUGUCUGCCGCUGAUUUAAAGACAAAACGGAAGCUGGAUGAGGCAGCCCAACGUCUAGAAUGUCUAUAUGAGAAGCUCUGCCAGGGGACACUCUCGCCUCAUGUCCUGGCUGGGCUCCAUGAGGUUGCCCGAUGUGUGGACGCAGGAAGCUUUGAGCAGGGCCUUGCAGUGCAUGCCCAGGUGGUGGGCUGCAGCAGCUUCAGCGAGGUCUCCAGCUUCAUGCCUGUCCUGAAGGCCGUCCUCACCAUUGCUCAUAAGCUGCACACGUAAACCAGGCAGCCUCUCUUGCCAGGAGGCUACUUCUGCUGUUACUUACCUCCUCCCUGUGGAAAAGGGGGAAUUUCGGAAGAGAUUCUGUUUGUUUUUCCCUACCCUCUUCCCUUGCUGCCAGGUAUAUGAUGCUGUGAGCUUGCCUCUAAAGUUGGCAGGGUGCUUUUCACCCUUUUAUGCCUGGCCUUGUAGAAUCCACCCAAGGCUCUCGCAGCAUCAGAGGCAGAGCAUAUAGCUGGUUCUUCACCUUCCCUGACUCUGUACUCUGACAGGACCUGGGGCAGGGCCUCUUUAAGAACCCCAGAGAUAUUCUGUUUAAGUGGCUUCUGAGGGGGUGAACAGGAUUAUUACCUCCAAGUCUACCUCUGCUGUACCCAUCUUGUGGGGCUUUUCUUUCUCCCCUUCUGUGAGUUAAGAGCCUGGCCUUACCUUCUCCUUGCCUCUGAGUUCCUAUUUCCGGGUCCAUUUUCCUCUGAGCCCCAGAGGCUGGGGUAGAGUUGACUAUUGUUCAUCUUCUGAACAAAUCAUGAAUGUGAGGCAUGGGUGCUGAGCAGAACCCAGAGAAGGAACUUAUUAGAUGCUUUUUACAAGGACCUUCUCUUCUGCCAGCAUCAUAAGGGUGGGCUAGGUCAGGUGGAAAGGAGAAGGGGUGCACUGUCUUUUGCUGGGAGCUGUCUUAGGCUAUGAAAUAGGAGCAGAGAGACCUCUGCCUGCAGGGAAUGGUCCUGACUUGACCUGCCUGAGCCCUGGCCCAAGGUCCUUCCAUUGUGUGAUUAUGAGCCCACUUCUUGAAUAGGAGCCACAUUAACAAGACUUUUCUGGCACUGUUCCUCAAGGGCUGGAGGCCCUUCUCCUCCUCAGCCCCCACACGUCUCAGGGCUGCCUCCUCUGGCUGCACUCUUCAUGGUUGGACUUUGCAUUUGAAGCACUGUUGUACUCAAUGGGCAAUAAAGCCGCUUCGAUUUGGUUUCCUCAGUCAUCUCCCAA